GGGUUCUAUACAAACCCUGUGGUCCUUAGAGAGUCUGUCAGCGAGUUCUGCGGGUCGGUCUGCGUGGUGAGGAGUGGGGCUGUUCUGUCGUGCACCUGUCACCAUGGAUGAUGUAUGGGCUACUUGUGGGGUUCUCCCUCUGGGGGACCCUCUAGCGUUUCAUUUUCCCAUUGGGAUUCUGGAACACAUUUUCGUGUAGGGUUGACACACGUACGGGGACGAGUACCUCGCCCUACAUGGCCGAGUAGGAAGCAAAGGCCGCCGCGAUCCUGAAAGAGAGGAGAGAAACGAAGGAGGCCAAGAAGAAGGCCCUACAGGAGGAGCAGGCGGCGAAGUUGAAAAGAAUAGAGGAGGAGAUGGCCAGAGAUAAAGAGAGGUUGAAGAAAGAAGAAGAAGCGAAAUUGAAGGACGUGGAAGAGGAAGAAGAAGAAGAAGUAGAAGAGAAGCCACUGGACAGAGGAAGAAGAGGAAACAGAGGGGAGUCCAGUUAGACAAAGGAAGACUUGAUGGAGAAGAAGAGUUCAGAGUGGGUUGCAGGACUAACCCUGGGAGAGGAUGAGGAGGCGUUGAUGUAUGUACCCAAGGACGAUCAGGAGGCGGCUGUGCAAGAGUGGGAAGCAAAGAAGGACCCACUCAAGCCACAAGUGUUCGAAGAUGAGAAGAGGAUGGAGUGGAAGUUCCGCCUCACUAGGGAGAGGAAGAGAAGAAUGGAGGCGGCAACAGAGGCGGCUAAAGAGUUGGAAGAGAUUGGGAAGCAGAAGGAUCAGAUGGCGGUCCAAGUAUACUUACUGGGGAAGGUAGAGAUCAUGGCCAAGAAUGUGGAACGCCUGGCAAAGAUCCAGGAGGAGCAGCUUUUAUUUGGGAGAGGCCAGGACAUUGUCGUGCGUUCGAUACGGUCGGGACUUAGGGACUUUGCUCGGGAGUUGGCAAUGCAGGUGGGCUCGCAUGUGACAGCCCGCCUCGAGGGCACUGAACAAUAUUGUGUUGGUGCCAUUGAGGGCGCCAAGCUGACUGCCCCAAAGGAAGAAGAAGCACGUCCCCGUAGAGAGCCGGUCAAAGUUAAGUUUCCUGAUUCCUGCAGCGGAAAGAAGGAAGAAAACUUUGACAAUUGGGAGGCUAACGUCAAAGCGUACGUGCACCUGCAGAAGGUGUCCCCCGAUGAGCAGGUCCUAAUCGCCAUCUAUGCUUUAAAGGAAGAAGCCGCCAGCUUCGCCCGCUCCUUAGUCUGCGCUGCGAAUUGCAGCGACGAUGUGGUUGCCUACUCUGCCUUUACCCCCCUCGCUGAUGUCUCGCGCAGCGUCAGAGCCUCUGACCGAUUGCAAACUAUCCACUCUCGUCAGUGGAGGAGUGCCAAGGCCCUUAAGGGAGUAAUGGACGAGCUCGUGGUUGUUCCUGACCAUGGGGUCACAGAGACCCAACUGGUCAACCUCUUUUACCGGGCUAUGCCCGAGUCAUUGCACGGGCACUUCUUUGGGAAGAGCCAGCAACCCACCAUAACCUACGACGCAUUGAGCAAGGAAGUGGUGGCCUUCGAGGCAAGGUCUGUGUCAGUCUCCACCUUCUGGCAUAAGGACCUGGAUACGGGAAAGAGGUGGAAAGGUCGCACUAUCUCAGGGCAGGUGAAGACAAAGGAUAGCCUGAUCCUUACUUUAGAUGAGGGUAGUGUCAACGAGAUCCCCUACGACCAGAUAGAGUGGGGGCUGGAGAACGUGGACAGCGACACGAGUCAAGGGAGAACUUACGCUACUGUCUUGGAGAAGCUGAGAGAAGCUAACUUUAAGAUCAACGCAAAGAAGUGCGAAUGGGCAAAGACCCAAGUUUUGUAUUUGGGCCACGUCUUAGACGGAGACGGCAUCAAGCCAGAGGAUAGUAAGAUUGCAGCGAUCAGGGAUUGCCCUACGCCGCGUACGUUAACGGAAUUGCGGUCAUUCUUAGGCCCAGCAAACUAUUAUAGGAAGUUCGUAAGGAACUUCUCCACUAUCGCUGCGCCCCUUCGCAGAUUACUAAGGAAAGAAACCAUUUGGAAGUGGGAUAAGGACUCCACGUCUGCCAUGAAGAAGUUGAGACAGGCGUUGAUAGAAUACCCAGUCCUUAAGAUGGUCGAUCCGUCCUUACGCUUUGUCAUCACUACAAACGCCAGUCAGUACGGCAUAGGUGUUGUUCUGCAGCAAGACAAUGGCAAUGGCUAUAGGCCCGUAGAGUUCAUGUCUGCUAGGAUGCCUUCAGAGAAGGUUGCGACAUCUACCUAUGAGAGGGAACUCUACGCUCUGAGGCAAGCGCUAGAACAUUGGAAGCACUACUUGCUUGGGAGACACUUCAAAGUCUAUUCAGACCGCGAGACGUUGAGGUGGCUGAAGACGCAGGCCAAGAUGACACCUAAGCGCACUAGGUGGGCCACAGAAAUAGAUCAGUAUGAUUUUGAGCUCAAGCCAAUCAAAGGGAAAUAUAAUGUAGUUGCGGACGCUCUGAGUAGGAGAGCUGACUACUUUGGAGCAAUAGUUCACUAUCUGGACAUAGGGAGAGACCUGCAACAAAACGUCAGCGAAGCAUAUGCGCAGGACCCUAUCUACAGUGACCUCCUCAAGAGAGUAAAGGAGGCCCCAGAGACUGAGCCAGAUUACCGCACUACUGACGGACUGUUAUUUGAGAAGACUAAUGUAGUUGACCGUUUGUGCAUUCCCAACAUUGAGGAAAUCCAUGGUCUGAUCUUAGGGGAAUGUCACAAUACAGAGGGUCACUUUGGUUGGCAAAAGACUCUAGCCAACCUAAUGCACGCGUACACCUGGCCAGGGGUGAAGAAUGACUGCAUAAAGUACGUUCGCAGUUGCAAAGUUUGCCAGAGGAAUAAGACUACGACGCGUGCCCCGCUAGGUCUUCUCAGACCCUUGCCUAUUCCCGAUCAGCCGGGAGAUUCGGUGUCCAUCGACUUCAUGGACGCUGGCGUCAAGAGUAGGCAUGGCAAGAGACAAGUUAUGGUACUAGUUGAUAGAUUUAGCAAACCCCCGAUAGCCCACGUGUCCUUAGGACCGGACGGUGAUAGGAUCUUGUUCCGCCGGCUUAGGGAGAGGCAGCAGCAGCAGAGGAGGGCUAGAGCAGCCGAGGCCAGCAGGACUUUAAUUAGCGAGGCUGGUGCUACAGCAGCCAUGGCUACUUCCGCCAUGGUCACUUCUGCGCAGCCGACUUCCCAAGCCAGCAGUUCAGGUGCCGUCGGGUCAACGGUCGCGCAGACCGUGAGUCGGUCCAGGGGCGUUAUGGCAAGCCAGGCAGCAGUGUCGACUCCAGAGGAUGUCGCCAUCCAGCAGGCAACCCUGCAGGAGGCACAGCUACAGCGGGCAUUAGGAGAGAUAAAAGCGGAGAAGGAGAAGAUGAUCAGAAGAAGAGCCAGGAUGCAGCGGAGAGGGGCAGACAUUGAGGAGUUCGAGACGAUGGACCUAACGCACAUGGAUGAUGAUGCGAAGGUAGUAAUGAGGGCCCUGCUAGGAGUAAUAGAGAUGCAGGAGCAUCAGACUACCAUCCUUCAGGACAUCCAACAAAGCCUAGCCGUUUUGGCAGGCCGUGCUCAGGCAGCACCAUCACCUGCCGGGCCAAGUGCCUGGCCCGUGCCAUAUCCUCCUUUUUAUGUCCCACCGAUGACAGGGGUAUCCCCAUAUGUAGCCCCGUCAACGGUUGCUAUCGGUUCCCUGGGCAUGCCGCUGUCAGGAGGGGUAACAGCAGGGAGUAGUUUGCAGGUUCCUGUACAAACAAUGUUUACCCAAAGACCGUCGCAGGUUGCAGUCACCAAGCAGCAUGCUGUCUCGCAGUUUGUGCAGCCUCAGGGCACGCAGCCCCAGCAGCUAGCACAGCAACCUGUGUCACCGGGGGUUGUUGAGAGGGAGGUCGUCCACGCGAUAGAGAUUAUCCCAGGGUCUAGUAUUCCGAGGGGUAGGAUCUAUCAGAUGUCUCCAGGCGAGCUUGACGAGCUUCGCCGCCAACUCAAGGAACUCGUAGAGAAGGGUUGGAUCCGGUCGAGUGUCUCUCCUUAUGGGUCUCCAGUUCUAUUCGUGCCUAAGAAGGAGGGCACUCUUAGGAUGUGCAUUUACUAUAGGGGCCUCAAUGCCAUCACUGUAAAGAACAGAGAGCCCCUACCGUGCAUCGACGAUCUGCUAGAUAGAGUGCAAGGGUGUCGGUACUUCAGUAAAAUAGAUCUGAAAUCCGGGUACCAUCAGAUUGCAAUCCGGCCCGAGGAUCAACACAAAACCGCCUUUCAGACGAGGUACGGUCUGUACGAGUUUGUGGUGAUGCCAUUCGGCCUGUGCAAUGCUCCUGGCACCUUUCAGCACGCUAUGAAUCAGAUAUUCCAUGACUACUUAGAUAAGUUUGUCAUCGUGUACCUCGAUGGCAUACUUAUUUUUAGUAAGAUUGUCGAGGAGCACGUGGCACAUUUGGACAAAGUCCUCAGCCUCCUGCGACAGCACAAGUUCAAGAUCAACGGCGAGAAGUGCGAGGUUGGCCGCACCCGUGUCUUGUACUUGGGUCAUGAGAUUUCCGCGAAAGAGUUGAAGCCCGAUGACGCGAAGGUGGCCAGCAUUCGUUAUUGGUCACGUCCUCAGUCUGUGACUGAGAUGAGAUCUUUCUUAGGAAUGACAGGCUACUAUAGGACUUUUGUUAAGAACUACAGCAUAGUGGCUGCUCCUUUGACUGAUCUGACCCGCCUUGACACCCCAUGGGAGUGGACAGACGAGUGCAAGGCUGCUUUCAGACAUCUGAAGCAUGGGUUGACGCACUACGAGGUCUUGAAACUUCUUCAUCCUGACAAGCCGUUCAUGAUCACCACGGAUGCCAGCCAAUAUGGCGUUGGCGGCGUGCUCGCGCAACAGAAGGGGCCAAAGUUAAGGCCAGUCGAGUACAUGUCGAAAAAAAUGUCGUCUCAGAAGUUGGCAAAGUCCACCUACGAGAAGGAACUCUACGCCGUGUACAAGGCUCUGACCCAUUGGAGACACUAUCUCCUUGGGAGAUUCCUCAUCCUCAGGACUGAUCAUCAGACCCUAAGAUGGAUGAGAACUCAGCCCGUACUUUUUGAUGCUCUGAAGCGGUGGAUUGAAGUCAUUGAGCAGUAUGACUUCGACCCCCAGUAUCUCAAAGGGGAGUACAACAAGGUGGUUGAUGCCUUGUCGCGUAGACCUCACUUUUCAGGUGCGCUGAUUACUGAGUUCGAUCUCACGGACGAUGUUACUCGCUCCUUGGUGGAAGCCUAUCGCAAGGACCAGUUCAUGUCUGAGAUCAUACGCAGACUUCAGUCACAGGACAAGAAGACCUCUGCCGAGUUUGAGUUGGUCAAUGGCUUCCUGUUCCUUGAGAAGGCAGGGAAUAAACGAUUGUGUGUUCCCAAUAGCGAGUCUUUGCGUAGUUUGUUUUUAGGAGAGUGUCAUGAUGCCACCGGCCAUUUUCGGUAUAAGAAGACCGCAGCCAACUUGCUGCAACGGUUCUGGUGGCCCACGAUGAUGCGAGAUGCCCAACUUUACGUGGAGACUUGUCAAGUUUGUCAACGGGACAAGCCACGUACUCAAGCUCCUCUUGGGCUUCUCAAGCCCCUUCCGAUUCCGGAACGGCCUGGUGAGAGUCUAUCCAUGGAUUUCAUGGAUACUCUAAUCACCAGCAAGAGUGGGAUGCGUCACAUCUUCGUCAUCGUGGAUAGGUUUAGUAAGUAUGCUAGAGUAGUAGCCAUGCUGGAAACAGCGAAGACGGAGUACGUGAUCGGAAUGUUCAAAGAAAACUGGGUUAGAGACUUUGGUUUACCAAAGUCCAUUGUCAGUGACAGGGAUAAAGAGGAAUAGAAACAUAAUAGACAGUACCAUAGGAGCAUACGCAGGAGGAGGAUGUUAUAUGCAACAAAUCGAAAACCACGAG